AUGUUCCCCACAGAAAUUGGGUUAAAAGUUCACCUGAAAUCACACAGCAAGGAGAAGAUCAUGUGCAGCGAAUGUGGUAAAGGAUUGUCAUCUCAAGGAGCUCUGAAGAGACACAUGAUAAUCCACACUGGAGAGAGGCCGUACAAAUGCUCAGAGUGUGCACAAAGCUUUAACACUCUCAGCAGUCAUCUGACAACCCAUUCAGUCAUCAAACCGUUUGUCUGUGGGGUUUGUGGGAAAGCGUGCGCUCGCAAAGAACACCUGAAGGUCCACAUGAGGACCCACAACGGAGAGACACCUUACCAGUGCACCUUCUGCGACAAAGCCUUCACUCAGAGCCACUGUCUGAAAACACAUAUGAAGAGCCACCAGGGGGAAGAACAGUCAGCAGUGGAUAAAGUGAAGACAUGA